AGUAAAAUUCUAAGCACAAAUCGCCUUAAAAAAUCGCGAAGAGAACAAAAUCACUUAUUUACUGUGCCGUCUUCGCUUUUCUUUUAGUUAUUUUACGAUCUCAAAACGAUUCAAAACAUUGCGCACGAUGGACCGGAACAUCGUAAUCAUUUUGUUUUGCUUUGGUUUUUCGAUGAUGCUUUUAGAUUCGGUGUGCAACGCCUACUCAGGUCUCAUACCAGCAGAUCCAGAUAACCCGGGUAAAUGCAUACACCAUGGUGACACUUUGAAAUUGGGCAUUAAUCCGGGGAAUGCACCAUGUCAGCGUUUAACAUGUAACGAAGACGGGUCAAUACUAAUUGAAGGGUGUGGGAAACUAUACUUGGCCAACUGUAAUAAAGGCGAAAGAAUACACGUGAACAAGCCGUAUCCCGAUUGCUGUCAGUUAAAAUAUAAAUGUAAGAAACCAGAUGGCACGCCCUUUUAUAUUGAAAGAGAUGCUUUGGAUGCCUCCAAUAGAAACGAAAACACGACCUAGUCCUGCAAUAUUGGACAUUAAAUUUGAAAAUUAAUUUUGGGUACAUAUAUAGAUUCGCAAAUUAUUAUUUACAUAAAAACAUUCUAUACAAUUCCUAUUUUACACUACAUAUUAAUUGUAACUGGUUAUUUAGUAUUUUAGUAUAUAUUUAAGAGCACUAAUACAAUAUAUUUAAAAAUCAGAAUUAAAUUGUCAGAUCUCUGAUUAAAUUUUAUAUGUAUAUAUACAAUGACUAUCACUUAAGUACAGAUACAAUAAAAUGAUGGGAGAAUUGUUAUUAA